AUGGAGGAAGCUGGAGGGCAGGCCGACCCUCCUCCUUCUCCUGUGGAGGCCGCACGCCGAUCUAGGUUCGUGCCCGAGUACCACCGACCCAAGUCAUCCAGACCAAGGCCGCGGAGUGCGCUAGAAAAAGAACCUCCAGGAUCGGGAGAUCCCGCGUCUUUGCUCCUUGGAAGCGAGCAUGGGUCGGCUUGGGAUAUUCUGCAGUGGGUGAACACCAUCCUCGGACGUAGCCCUGCCCUCACAGCUACUUCUGCGCCUGCUACUCCUUCCGCUCCUAUUGGUGCAAACGUCAGCCGUACCGCCGGUGCCACGAGGGAUGAUACCGGUGGGGGUGGGUUCUGCGAGCUCUGCUUCGUACCCCGCCCAAAGGGCAAUCUAGUCGGCGGCGGCGGCGGCGGCGGCGGCUUCGGCAGACCCCGCCGCAAUCGACCGGCUGGAGAGAGGGCAGUGAAAGGCUGGCCCCUAAAAAGCGGUGGCAGCAGUGAGAAGCUCGUCGGUGGCGAUGAGCGUGGGUCUGACCAAAAUGAGGUGGCCGGAAGCAGGGAGGCCGAGGAACCGAAGUUUAGCCUGCGCGAGGCGAACCUGUGGAGAAAGUUGCUGCAGCUUAAAGAGCUCCCGACGCAGGACUCCUUGGCGGUGUUUCCUACGGGGCUGGACACGGUAGCAAUGAAGGCGAUGCUGUGCGGCACAGAGCCGCGUCUGCUUUCGGGCCUUGUGCGGUUCCUCAUGGAGUGCGACGAGGCUUUGGUGAUGCGCCAGGACGACCACCUGAACCCGCUCUACUCCCACUCUCCGAGGAGAACAAAUGGUGUUGGAUUCGUGCCGGAGGUUGCCGGACGAGGCCCGGCGCAGUCAGGGCUCUCAAACGGCAUCGUCCCAGGGAACGUCCACCAAUGCCCUCCCCGCUCCGCGGUGAAAGAAACAGCAGUGCCUGCGACCCCCCCAGCGGCAGCCGCUGGAGCGGCACCUGCCGCUGCAGCAGCACCUACAGCCCAUGCCACCACGAGACCAUCGGCUCGUCCCCUUUCCGACGACGCAGCGUCAGCCGUGCCGGCGAUGAGUCACGACGAGGCGGUCGUGUGCUCUCCAGUGCACCCAGCUACCGUCGGCCGCCCGGCGCCCGAGCCGGUCGGGAUGCCGCCGCGAGUCGCCGGAGCCAAGCGGCCGUCGGACGGGGGUAACCAGGCGGACUCCGCCCAAGGCGUCGUCGAGGGCGUCAGGCUCGCCCGGCAGAUGUGGGAGCGGCGAUCGAAUAGUGCGAGGGAGCUGCAGCAGGAGGGCCGCAGGCGUCUUGGUAGCGGGAGCAGAGACUCCCGGGAGAGGGCUCGCGUCCACCAGGAACGCCCUUCCGCGGAGUCGAUGCCCGGGUCGGGAGUGGAACACAUGAAGGCCAUGUUUGAGAAGAGGAACGUAGCCCCCUCGACGGAACGCAAAGACCCCGGCGUAGGGACAUCCGGAAGGGGCGAGACUGGAGGAGAGAGAGGAGGCACUCUGUUUGCUACCUCGAGAAUACCGUUGUCGGUUCGAGGCGCGAUCCAACGGUCCGGCUCCUUGCUGGCCGGUAUGUACACGCCGGCGGAGGCUUGGACCUCCGCUGCCGUGACGCCAUCGCCAGCGGGGUCGGCAAAGCCGUUGGAGGGGCGAUGGGCCCCGGCACCCGUUGCCACUGCAGCUGCGGUAACCACCGCCACGAGUGGAGAAAAAACGUCCCCGAAUUUUGAGCGUCGGGUUGUUCCGGCUGCCAUCAGCUGCGGCAGCGGCGGCGGCGACAGUAGUAGAGUACCUCCGCUGCCGGUAAAAGCGUCAACGGCGGUUGACGCGAGCGGUGGGGCAGCUCCUAGGGAGGGCGGUGCUGGCGUUAGGAGUCGGGUCGUUCCGCCGCCGGCGAAGCCCUUGGACACGAAGGAGAGACCAGUGAGGGAACGAGCAAUCGGUAUUGUCAGUGAAGCUGCUAGAGGCAGUAGCUGCAGUAGCGGUAGCACCAGCACCACCAGCAGCAGCAAGAGCAAUCCGUUUUCGAAGGCAGGAAGAGAGAGGUUGGCCGUGGGAAUGGGAGGGGUGGUGCAAGCCACAGACGACCGGGGGGGGCACCAGCCGGUGAAUGGGGAGAAGGGUAGAACAAAGGAAGGGGCAUUGGCGGAAGAAACCAAGGGGUUAGACCGCGGGGCAGAAGCAAGGCCCUCAACAGCUGACCAAGUUCUGGGACCGCCGCAACGGCAGUCGGGAGGGGAUGGCGGGACGGCAGGGCAAGGCGACCGACAACUGACCUCCUCCCCACCGGUCCACCCCACCGCCGGCGUUGACCGCGCCAUGAGUAGCGAUGGUGGUGGCGAGGUGGUCCUUGGUUCGAUGGUCGCCGAGGGCCAGGGUACGAGAGAUAGCAGGAAGCCGCUCGCCGCCAAGAAAAGCAGGGCGUUGAGCCGAGACGAGAUAUUCAAGUUCGGCGUCCUCGGUCCGGUGAGCAUGGAGAGCGAGAGCGUGGGCAGCGGGGAGGGAGACGAGGAUGCCGCUGACUCCUGCGUCGGCGUGGGUGACGACAAGCUCGGACGGGGGGGAGAGGGCGCGUCUCAUCUCCAUCCUCGUAGUUUCGCGGAGGGCGAGAGUGAGGACCAUCCAGGUGGGAAGGUGGGUACGUCUUCCGCCGUUAAGGAGACCGUCCUCAACGGGAGUGAGGCAGCUGUUUGUGACGGCGCGGACGAGCUCGACCGUGCCCGCGGCGAAGACGCCACUGAUUCCGGUGCUGCGGAUGUCGCCGCUGCCGGUGCUGCUGAGUCGUGCGAAGAAGCGGCACCUUUUCCGGCGGCGGUGGCGGUUGCGUGCGAGGCUUCGCCGCAGCCGAUCGAAUCUGAGGAGAAGAGCGGAACAAAGGAAGCGUUACAGGUUGCGAAGGAAGAAAAGGAAGAGGGCGUGCUGGCGGUAGCAGCAAAGGCUAGCGGUUCUGCAAUAGCGGACGACCUGAGUGCUCCACCAGAUACGUCGGACGUGAAAGACCGCUCGGGUAUGCCCGUGCCCGUCGCUGAGGGUAGCCAGGCAACCGGGUCGCGUCCCGCAGAUGUGACGUUGGCGGGGGCGUCGUCGAGAGCAUCGCAUGGGUUUGACACACCGCCUUCUCCCUUGAGAGAAGAUGACUUUGCCGGAAGCAGCCCAAUGACGACCCCGUCCCCCCCCGCCGUCAUGGAAAAGCUGUCCUACCAUGGGCAACGCCAAGGCCGGAACACACCUGGGCCUUUGACGAGGACGCCGUCUUUCGCCUCUUUCCUUGCGUUUGAUGGUGGGCAGGGCGGCGGCGGUGCCGAUGCUGGCCUCCCGCCGCCUGUGCCCUCACCGUCAGGCGCGAACACGGAGAAAGCGGUUGCGGAGGACAGCAGUGCUUCGGCGACGGGGGCGGCCGUCGCGGCGGUGGCGGCGGUAGCAGCGACGUUCGCGGCAGCGGACAGGUUUACGCCCGCGGGUAGCAGCAGUUCCUCCAUCUGCUUGUCCGCGAGUGCUGUGGACGACUCCGACGACGGGGAGAUGUACAUGACCCCCAAGACCAGGAGCUCCCCCGUGCUCUGGCCGGCGGUGAGCAGCGAUGGCGGGGAUGUGGAGAAAGCGGUCGUUGUUGUUGGCGUGGCGACGGGAGGUGCUGGGGUCGUGCGCGACGACGGCUCAUCAAAGGACGUGGCUUCUGCUUCGCCGAAGGCGAACGCAGAAGGGACGAAGGCAGCACUGGCACCGCGCCGAAGCUUCUUCGACGGCCCCCCACCGCCGGCUGUGGUGACCGCUGCUUCUACCACUACCACCGCCUCCGCCGCUGCUGCUCCUUCUGCAGGUGGGGCUUCUUCUGGUAGCAACGCCACAAGUGGCAGCGAAGUGCAGGACAGAGGGCACGGUUCUGCUAGCAGCGCCACAAGUGGCAGCGAAGUGCAGGACAGAGGGCACGGGGUCAGGGACCAGGACGAAGCUAGGCUGCUGUCGAUAACGUCUUUCCGAGAGCUCGGCAGCGACAGUGCCGUGGGCGCCUCAUCGUCUUCGCCGGGAUCGCCCGCAAGCUCUUCGAGAUUACCCCAAGCGGCGGUCCAGGAGGACGCGGCGGCCGAAGACGCAGCCGAAAAAUCGCCGCCAACGCCGCCGCCGCUGGGGGCAGCGGGAGCUGCUUCCAAGCCAGCGCCGGCCGCCGUGAAGGGGAUCGCGUCGAGGGGCUGCGCGACGAGAUCGCCGUCUCGUCGCGUUGGCCCGGCGGCGGCGGGGCCGGUUUCGGGGUCCCCCCCGCGCCAACAGCCGUGCUCCGGGUCCCCUCCCAAGCCCGGUGUGCCACCACCACCCCGCGCGCGCGGCGGGGCGCCUGCCCCCCCCGGGUCACCGGCAGUGAGGCCCGGGUCACCGGCAGCAGCUGCAGCGGCGCCGGCGGCAGCAGAGGAGACCGCAGCUCGCCACUCCCCAACGGAACGGCAGCCGCAUAACGUGACGUCUUCCCUACGCGUGACCGGGUCCUCGUGGUCGACGCCAGCUUCCGCCCGGUCCCCGCGGAGGCGGGCGUCGCUGUCGCCGGGGCCCACCAGGAUGCAGGCGGGGGGGGCGUCCUCGCGGGACCCACGGCCGAGCUGCUUGCCGGGCCAGCACGGAAACGAGGUGGGCGUUUGUAACUUGUGCGGUAGAGGUGGUGGCGGUUGCGGCGCUCGCGGGAGAGGGUUCGCCGCUCUGCAGGCCGCCUCAAGCGAAAGCACCCGCCAUAACCUCCUCGUGUCACCUCCCAUGCCGCAGCAGCGGGAGGGGGGAGGGGAGGGAGCGGGGGCGGCAAGGUUUGCGCCAGCCAUCAGUUCACCUCUCUCGAAGACGGCGUACGGCGGCAGUGACCCAAUCGUGAACGUCGGCGGUGCAAGCCGCAGUAGCGGUAGCAAGCCAGCGUGGGACGGCGGCAGGAUCUGCGACCUGGAGCCUCUCGCCCGCGAGCUGCCGGCGUUCUUGACCCGAGCGGUGGGACUCUCGGGAAGCUUACGGGCUCUCGCGGCGUGCCAGGCGGUGAGCCGGGCUUGGCGGGAUGCCCUCGGCUUCGGCGAGGAACGCGGCAAGGACUUGUUCGGGGGCAUUGUGCGCUCGUCGGGUGUGCCUGCGAGCCUCCGCCCCGCGGUGUGGCAAAUGCUCGUGCAACGGGCCGUCGCCGGCGGGGGCGGCGGCGGCGGCGACGGCGAUAAGGAUCGUCGGGUCAGCAGUGGCAGUAGUAUUGCUGGCGGCGGCGGCAGCGGUAGCGGGAGCAUCUGUGGCAGGGACUCGUUCUCGUCGUGCUCGUUCUCGUCGUCGCUGAGCUCGUUCGCCCAGCUGGUCGAAAUCGGCAGGGCCGGGCCCCACGCCGCCCUUAUCGCGCGCGACGUGCCCCGGGCGUUCGGCGCCGUGGCCCCCCACAAGCGCCGUGAGAGCGGCGACGGCAGCCGAAGCACGAUCACUCCCGGCAACAACAAUAGCACACGGCGAGGCUCGGCGUCGGCGACGGCCACGCCGAGAUCGACGGCGGCGGCGACUAGCACACCCAGGCCGGGGGGCAGAAGGCGCAUGACCAUGGGGGGUGCCGGGGGUGGAGGCGGUGGAGGCGGUGGAGGCGGUGAAGACCGUGGCGGCGGCGGCGACGGGCUAGGUUUUUUCGGCGGCGCGCUGACCAACCUUCUGGUCGGCAACUGGAGACACGACGACGACGAGCUGGUUGGCGCCAGGGGCACAGGCACCCCGCCGAGGAGGCGGGGCUGGGGGACAACCCCGCACCGCCGACGGGCGUCGCUGCAGGGGGAGAACGGGGGCGGAGGGUUCAACGACACCGGCGGCGGCGGCGGCGGCGGCCCGUUCUCGUGGCUGAACCCGGGCGUGAGCCCGGGCACGGGGCCGGGGGCCCGGGUCGCCGCCGGUGGAGCGAGCCCGUCGCGGGAGCCGGCAGGAGGAGGCUUCACGCUCGCUUCCUUCCCGCUCUCUCCGUUCCGUAGAGACAACGACGGCGGCGGCGGCAAAGGUGCUGCGCGCCGUCUCCCCCCUCAUUCUCCCGCCCCGUCCGCCCCCGAUCCGUCGUCGGACGGGGUGGGGGCCAGGAUUAGGGCCUCGCCGCCGAGGAGCUCAAGGCGGAUGACGAUCGGCAGCGGCGGGGGCGGCGGCGACGGCAGUAGCGGCGGUGGUUUAACGCCCAGGCAGCAGACGGAAAAGACGGCUGGCAGACGGGGGUGGUCGCCGACGGUUGUCCCCGUCACCAGCGGGAACGCGGCGGCGGCGGCCAGCGGUGAGCAGCAGGCGGCCGGAGCAGCCGGGACAACAACACCUGCGCGGCAGGAGGCAGGGGUAGAGACAGCAGUAGCGGCAGAAGACGACGCCGCCGUGCUGGAGAGGCUCGACGACGCCUGGGCCGCGGUGCCGGUGGGGUCCAAGAGGCGGUGCCUCGAGAACGUUUUGCUUGCCAUCGCCGCUAGAUUUCCGGCCGUGGGUUAUUGUCAGGGCAUGGACCGCUUGCUCAUCAUGCUGAUGAUGCUCUACUUCGUCCCGCCCGAAGACACCAAUACUGCCGUGGGCCCCGCGGCUGUCGCACCCAAGCUCACCGCGAGGACAGUACAAGCGGUAGCAGCAGCCGCAGCGCAGGCGCCGGCGCCGCCGCUGCUAUCGUCGAGCGGCGCCCGAGCGAGUGAGAACGCCGCCGCCGCCGGCGGUAGCGGCAACGGGGAGCUGUUGCUGGUGGUCGACAAAGACGCGGCUGGUGACGACGACGACGGAGCCCCGUCCCCGGCUUCCGUUAACCUAGAUCCCCCUCCAACCCCGACGGCCUCCGCUGGCAUUCCCGCCGAUACCGUAGUAGGCGGGACGGGUACGGAUGUUGCCACCGCCGCCGACGCCGCCGGGGUCCGGGGUUCCGAGAAUGCGCCGCCGCCACCGGCUCCCCCAUCCCCUGCUGUCUUGGCCCCGUCUUCUGCGUCACCGCCGACGCCCCCACGGCCGGCAGCUCGGGGGAGGGCAAUGCUACUGGGAGAACGGGUGUACGCGGUGUUUUCCGGCCUCUUCGAAGGGUUUCGGCUGCACGACCUCUACGUGCCGGACAGGGGUGGGGUGUUCGUCUGCACGGAGGUGCUGACUCUUCUUUCGGGGCGUCGCCUACCCGCGCUGGCCGCCCACUUCGAUAGCAUCGACUUUUCCAUCGACAUGGUGGCGAUGGGUUGGUUCCAGACCCUCUUCGUGUACCUGCACGCCAUGCCGCGGACAACGGUGAGGCGCAUCUGGGACUGGUGGCUAUCCUCGGGAGACUUCGAGGCGAGUACAGUCUUUUUUCGUGUUUCGAUGGCGCUGCUGGAGCUGAGCGAGGAGCACCUUCUUGCUCUUGACGUUGACGGGACCGUGGAGUACUUCAACAACUUCCCGGAACCGAGCGUGCUGUCGCCGGACGUCCUCCUCCCCGCGGCCGCCGCCGUGGAGGUGGAGGAUGGGGAGCUCAUGUAUUUAGAGCUGCAGGUGCGGCAAAGGGAAAAGCUGGAGGUACCGUCGGUUACCCAGCUCAUGCUGCGCCCGGUGCUGUGAUCCAUUGUUGCCCCGGUCCGUGGACGCCCGCCCGUUUCUUCCCAACAGCUCCACCUUGGUUGAUCAUUCUGCGUUAUACCUACUGGUUGCUUUGCAGCGCCGCGGGACAAGGCUGAGACGUGAAGGGGAUCAUUUUGCGGGGUUUUCGUUCACAUAAGAUGAACACCCCUCGGCUCUCUCUUUGUAGGGUUGAAAAAUCCACGUGCGGUGCGUUGCCCACUUGCCUCUUUUUUUUUAGCUUAGGUCUUGAGCAGCGCGCACCCUUCCGUCGUCGCAGCAGCGUUUUUGGGUGUUGCGUUGUUUUCGUGGGAGGCGUGUUUUUGCGGGGUGUGGGGUUCGGUUCGGUUUCUGUGUCGUGUUCGGGGAGUGAGUGUGAGUCCCAUGCUUGGAGACGAAACGGAUGAGGGACCGCGAUCAUCGAGUUUUUCGGGAUUUUGUGGAGGUCGGUGCAUGUGGCACUAAUAUCGUGUGUUUCUUUGCGCGUGUCUGUCGGUCGAAUUGCCGCUGCUCUUGUCUGUGGUUCCCGCUCAGAGCGCGUGGGAGGCUCACCCAAGGGGUUUUACCAGGCGGUUGGGGGAGUCGAAAGCUGUUUUUGAUGUUGGCAAGGGUUCGAAAAGGUAGAAUUUUGAGCAUGUUUUGGACGCAAUUUUUGCUGCCAUAUGUGUUCCGCACCAGAUGACGUGUAGUUUCUACACGAUGUCGUCACUAUCCGUGCGUUUUGACAGGUGUUUCUGUGAAUGAUUGCUGAUUGUUUUUUGUGUCAUUGUGCAUGGUGUGCUUCCCAUUCUCCUUUGUAGGCGGUUGGGGGGUGGGGGGGUGAGAGAAGGAGACAAGACGACAACAAACGACCGUACUGUGAAAAGGGAAACAAUGAGGCGGUCGGUGGCAUAUAUCCCUGGUUCAUUUUCAGAAGAGUGUAGUUUUUUUUUUUUUUGUUUCGUGAACAUAUCUUUAGAGCUUUGUUUGGGUGAUAGAAAAUGGCACAUAGACGGCACGGCGACGGCGCUGAAGUCGGCGCGCGUGUUUUUGCCAAACGGCGUGCUGCUGCCUGGCUGUUCGACAGCACUGAGGAAAUUGUAAUUGUUAGCAAGCCCUGAAGGAAGUGCGUAAGUCCAUGUGCGCGGCUUGGCUUACUCGAUGUGAGAUGCCGCUGCACUGACUGUGUAAGUACAUAGGGCAUGCUUGGGGAAUGAGUGUGGGCGAUUGUUUGUGGGGUUACGUCUGAUUUCUGCUGUUGUUUGAUUCGAGGCCAUAGUUAGAAAGAGUAUGUUGAUUUUUUUUUCACGUCUUGUUCCGUCAACGCUGCCUGUUAUUUGUUGUAAGAUUCGUUUGGUGUGCUACAGCAAGCAGCUAAUGCGAUGGGAGUUUGUCAUGGGCACACAGAAAGCGCGGUGGCUUCGAACGGGCUCACGUCGAUGUCUGGAUAGCAUACAUACACAAGUCUCGUGCUGUACGUUGUUUGGUCGUGGUGCCUGAAAUCACGUUCCAUCUUUUGGGAUUGAAUACUGAUAGCGUGCACGUCUGAUCGACAAUCUGUGUACGCCGACGCUUCUGUGUGUCGCAGAUGUUUCAGACGUUCGGGUCCUUUUGGGAAAUAUGGAAGCUUUCAAGGAGAGCCCGUCGAAGCGACUGUGUGGCAUCGCAUGAUGAAGGUUGUGGUAAAAGUUCAGCACAUUUCAGAGAUCGCGUCUGCCGGUUGGCAGGUGAACAUCAGCCAAGCUUUUGUGAAUGACUUUCAACCGCCGUCGAAGGCGUUGUACCCGG